GAAUUCAUGAACCCCGAAAAGAAAUUGACACUCACCAAAAUAACAUUAAAUCGACCUCCACAAAAGAUUGGAUUACCACCAAAAAUCACCCUCAAUAAACAACUUGAUUCAAGACCUUAAAGUUCAAAAAUUGAUAUUCAACCUGCUAAUAUAAAUUGGCUAGUCGAUAAUAUUUAAUAAGAGAAGUAUAUUUAUUAAAACAAUUAAUCUAAGUAAGUUGGAAUGGAUAUAAAAAUGUUUCGUCUUUUUUAAAGAUUGGACCUAAAACACAGAAUGCAAUGAUUAGGGCAAGGAAUCAAUUUUAAAAUAGAGUAUUUAAUUAAUAGACUUUAACGAUCUGCAAGUUAGAUUAUAUGCAAUCAAAGCAGCAUUGUUUGGAUUCACCACCUUAAAUUUAUUAGAACUAUUAUUUUAAAAAUAAGCUAAACCACUUCUAAGAAGACCAAAAAGUGGAUCCAAAAUUCAAGAAUAAUUGCCCUCUUUGCUUUAUCAACCUUAAUAGUUCUUAGCCAUUUUAUAGAAGACUGCAUAAUUAAGUAAUGAGAAUGUAUUCUUGAAUUUAAUAAAUGACAAUUCAUUAAGUUUUGUUUUGUUUCGAAUUUUGAAACUCUUUGCUCAAUUACCAAAGGACCAAGCAACGACCUCAUAAUAAUUACCCUAUCUCAAUUUAAUUUUCAUUAUCAUUAAGAAUAUAGCCAAUAACCAAAAGGAAGCACAAAAAUUAUUAUCGCCCAUUUAUAUAUAAUUAAUAGAUGGUCAUUUGCAUUCAUUCCCAUGUGAUCAAACAUAUGAGAAAGACUUACUAAAUUUAUACACUACAAUAACUGCAACUCUGAGAAACUUGGCUAAUGAGAAUAAUAGUGUAGAAAUAUAUCUACAGAAUGGAAUUAUUAAAAAGCUAGUCAUUAGUAUGGUUAGUUAUAGUAACAAUUAUGAAUUGAUUUUAAAUACAUUAAGAAUAAUGUCAAAGAUGUCAUUGAGUAAGGAAUGUUGUGAAUACUUCUUGUAAAGUACUGAAGCUAUGCAAAAUAUUUCAAGUUUCUUUAAAACCUAUUAAACCAAUAUCUACAUCAUCAUCAGAGCUUCCUUUUUAUUAGCCAAUAUGACCACAUAUUUUGAAGGAAUUAGAUAAUUAAUUUAUUAUAAAUUCAAUCAAUUUGGUGAUAUCCUCAAAUGCUUUGAUUAUUUUUGGACUAAAGAAAUAAGUCCAUAAUAGUUGAAUCAAAUCGAUUAAUUUUCAUAAAGUAGAGCAGCCUGGGAUUUCUAAAUAUUAUAAUCAGAGUAAUAUUUCAUUAUUUAUUCCAUAGAAAAGAUAUUGAUGCUCUUAUUAGAAUCAUAAGAUUAAUUGCAAACAUAUUGACUAUUGAAUAAAUUGGUUUGGAUAUCUUAAAGAAUUAUUCAAAUGAAUAUAGAGUAUUAAUAUCAAAAUUAUUGAAAUUGUUACAAAAGAAUACAGUAAUUUCUAAACAACAAGUAAACUUUAAUUUAAAAUAAGGAAAUCAUUUCUUGUACUUUAAGUUGCUUAUCCAAUUUAACAUUUUAUGAGAAACAAACCUUUUUAAAUGAUUUUGAAUACAAAAAUGUUAAAUUUGAAUUGAUAACCACUCUUGGACAUUUUAUUAUUUAAAAUGAAGAUCAAGAAAUUUGUUGUGAUGGUUUAAGAGUGUUAUCAAAUUUAUCAAGGUAGAAGGAUUUAAUCAAAUAAAUUAUGAAAUCAAGAAUCUCAGAAGGAGUUAUUGUAUUAUUAGAUUCUAAUUCAAGAGAAGUUGUAUAUUAUUGUUUAGGAGUGAUACUAAAUCUGUUAUAAGAUUAAGACUUUAAGUAAGAAUCUUAUGUAUCUUUAGAAAAAAGGAAAAUAUGAAUAUAAUCGAUUAUAUAACCUAAGUUUUGAAUGAUUGCACAACAAAUGAAAAUGAUAUUGCCAAUCUUGGAUUAAAGUGCUUAAUCUUAUUAUUAGACUCAAAUUUAAAUUAAGAAUAUGCAAAAAAAAUUGAAACUGCAGUCUCAUCAUUUGGAAAUGUAUGUGAUCAGGUUCUAUAAUCAAAGGAAAAUAAUGAACUUAAUAAUACAAGACAGUUAAUCAAUUAGAUUAUCAAUAAUAUUCCAGAGGAAGGCUAUUCAUGCAUGUAACCCAAUUGCGGCAGAAAAUUUAAGACUUAAAUGGAAUUACAAAUCCAUAUUAACAGAAGGCAUAAAUUAUGA